ACUUAAGUUUCAGUAGUUAAGUUGAGUGCUAAGUUAAACUCGAUUGUGAAAUUUAUCAUUAGUCGCAAAUCCAAUACACCGAUGUUGAAAAUCUAUGAUAAUUGUGACUUUUGAACGUUGAAGAGAACAGGACAAACUUCAGUAAAACCGUACCUUAAAAACUAAUUUCAUACUUAGUUUAAAAUGGUAGAGAAUAAUCAUAUCUGAAUCUAUUUUGCUUUAGUCGUCUCUUUAGCUGGAGAUCCGGUCCACUCCCGGCUAUCGUCGUCACAUGCGAUAAAACGUUUUCCACAGAAUGCACCUAAACCAGAUGCAGUUCAAAAAUCAUCAGCAUCAACUUCUCGUCCAUUAUCGGAUAAUCGCCUAUCAAGUGCAGCAGCUAAUAUAGAUCUUGCACAACAAACUACAGUAAAGAAGCCAUUAUCUAGUAAACAUCCACAAUCACGUAAGAAAAUAGAUAGUAUGCAAAAAUAUUGA